AUGGAUGCAUUUCGAAUCGCGUCCUCCGAUACAACCUACACACCACCGUCAAGAGGUACUGUACUUUCCAGAAUAAAUCAACUGUAUGACACAGAAAAAAAAUCAAAACGGGACACAUUAGCUCAAACUAAACACGUGGCCCUAACCGGAGAUCACUGGACGUCGAUCAGUAAUCACAACUAUCUAGGAGUUACUGCACACGUCAUCGAUUGUGACUGGAAACUUAAGUCCUUCGCGUUAACUGUACUGAAGUCAGUCACACGGCACUAUUCUGAUGCAUGUGCCGAACAGUUUCUAACAGUGGCUGACGACUGGGGCGUCCGCGAAAAGGUGACCACCGUCGGAACUGACAGCGCACGCAACAUGGUCGCAGCUGCAAGAAAGCUCCCCUUCCAUCACAUGCCGUGCGCUGCCCAUAUAGUUCAGAGGGCCAUCACUGUUUGCCUCUCUGACAGUGGAUUCGCUGACACAUUGACCAAGUGUCGCAAAAUUGUUGGACAUUUUAAGCACAGCCCUGCUAAUACAGAAGAACUUCAUCUACAACAAAUUGCACAGGGACAACAGAGAGAGCAACUGAUACAAGACGUUUCAACGAGGUGGAACUCGUCACUCGAUAUGAUCACCCGUCUCUUACGGAAUGAAGAGGCUGUUAAGACUACUCUGGCCCAACAGAAACACAAGUUAGUCAUGCUGACUGCAUCUGAGUGGGACAAACUGCCCAAGUUACAGAACCUUCUUGAACCAUGCAAGUAUGUCACUGAACUCCUUGGGGGUGAGGCUUAUGUCUCCUGCUCUGUAGUGCUUCCUGCAUUCUGCCACCUUCACCAUGUAAUGAGGGUCUCUGAUGAGGAUCCAGCCUAUGUGGCAAGGUUCAAGACUGCCUUCAGCAAAGAUCUUGCCGAACGGCAAGCUGACAUGAAUGGUGAAUGGCUAAAACUUGCUUCAGCACUUGACCCACGUUUUAAGGACUUGAAGUGCCUAUCAAGAGGAGAGAGAGAACAGGUGUGGUCUAGCCUCGAGAAAAUACUACAAGAAGGAGGAUUCAGCGCAGACACUCCACAACCCUGUGAGGAACAUGAGCCAACUAAGAAGAAGAGAGUCCUCCUGCUGGGUUCAGACUCGGAUUCAGAGGAAGAAAAUCACCAUAGCAAUGCUUUACAUCGUUACAGAGCUGAGCCCAGUAUUGGAAUGGAUGAGUGUCCUCUAGAGUGGUGGUCAGCUCAUGCAGGAGCCCAUGUUAAACUGUCUUCCUUAGCUUGCAAAUAUUUGGCCACCCCUGCAACCACUGUACCAUGCGAAAGACUUUUCUCACUGGCUGGCACUGUUGUGCAGAAUAAAAGAGCAUCUUUAAACUUAGAAAAUGUAAACAAGUUAGUAUGUCUUAGCAACUGGUUAAAAGAGAAAUAAGAAUUGAGGUGAGUUUUUGUUACAUUUUGACCAGUGUAGCAUAAGGGACAGGCUUAUGUUCAAUAAUGUCAUGUCCAUUGAAAUUUAGUUGAAAAGCUUGUGUUCAGUAAUAAACAAAAUUGUCAUGGUCUGGUCAUUACCCUUGAGACAUUGGUUUGUGUUUAAUAAUAAUUAAAACUGUCAUGACCAUUGCAACCUAUGUCAUUGGUUUGUGUUAAAUAAGUUACAAUUGUCAUGUUCACUGUAAC